AUGUACACCAAACUUAUAGCACUAGCUGCUGCAUGUUCGCAGGCUGUUGCCGCGAACUCGUACGACAACCUGCAUAACCACGAGCACGCGAAGAAAGCGGGCAAGACCGUGCAAGGAAAGCCAGUAUCGCACCUCUUCCGCCGUAGCGGGACAUGCGCGUUCCCAAACUAUGACGGCAUGGUUGCUGUCCAGAGCAGUGGACAAAACGGCGGCUGGGCGAUGAGUUGGGACCAGCCUUGUUCGUACGGGAGCUGGUGUCCUUACGCAUGCGCUCCAGGCCAGCUAUCCGGCCAGUGGGACCCAGAAGCUACGAGCUACACUUACCCUCAGUCCCAAUACGGUGGACUGUACUGUGACGAAAACGGAAACCUACAAAAGCCCAACUCGCAGAACGAUUACUGCUAUGACGGUAAAGGAACUGUUGCUGCUAAGAACAGCGCGGGCUCCGGUGUUGCGUUCUGCCAAACGGUCUUGCCAGGAAACGAAGAAAUGUUGAUUCCAACCUUCGUCGACGGCGGAUCUGAGGAGCUUCUUGCCGUGCCAGGUACCGAUUACUGGGCGAAAACGGCGUCCCACUUCUACAUCAACGCCCCAGGUACAAGCGUCGAUGACGGUUGCAAGUGGGGAUCUUCCUCAUCUCCACAAGGCAACUGGGCGCCUUAUGUGGCGGGCGCCAACAUGGACGACUCCCAAAACACGUACGUGAAAAUUGGUUGGAACCCCGUUUAUCUUGAGGACUCUUGUCCUUUCAAGAACGAUAUGCCAUCCUUCGGUGUCAGGAUCACCUGCGAUGAUGAGUCUCAGUGUGUGGGGCUUCCUUGCGAGAUCGAUCCUGCGAAGCAAAGUGUGAACGAGGUUUCUGGUGGCGGCUCUGCUGGUGCCGGUAACGGCCAGUUCUGUGUGGUGACCGCCAGAAACGGUGCAAAGGCUAAGAUCGAAGUGUUCCAGAGCGAUUCCAAGGCUAAGAGAGACGUGUCUCACCACAGACACGACGCUGCGGCCACCAGAACAACCAUCGCUAAGGUAAUGACGGCGUAG